AUGACCGCACCGUCGCUGCUCUACCUGCUCUGGCUGCUGUGGUGGCGUCCCGACCCGGCGCUCGAGGCCGACUACGACCCGUACGACUGGGGACGCAACGGGCCCGGCGUCGUCACCGAGGUGCUCACCGAGAGCUGCGGUCUCCGGCGGCUGCCGCUGACGGCCUCUCACUGCGGCCACUACAUCAUCUACGGACGGCGUCGCUUCUACGCCAUCCCGUGGAUCGACUGGAGCCUGCUGCUCGAGCCGGCCGCGCGGGACGCCGUGCUGGAGCGCGUGGACGGCUCAUACGUGGUGCACACGUGGGCGCUGUUCACGCGCGCGCGCCGCGUGCCGUCCGGCUCGGCGUACCACCAGCUGGCCGAGCAGCACUGCCCCUGGUCGCUGCAGCUGAGCGGCGCCGACCUCUGA